AUAAGGGUGGCAUAAAAAGAAACAAAAGGUAUCGUUAAACUUUUUCAUCGCAAGGUCGCUGGGUAAACGCGACAGGGACGAAUUGCCGGAGAUAAGGAAACGGAUUUUUUAACAGAUUUAGUUAAGUUUAGAAACAACAGGAACAGUAGAUUUUCAUCGUUCGAAUUUAAAACCAUGGCUAGCACUUCCCCGACGGCUCUCGACAAUUGGGUCAAAAAGGCAGAAGAUCAGGAGAUCUCUAGUCUAGUAAAUGAAUUGAAUCUUUCCAAGGACACCGAAGCGAAGGAGGGUGUUGCUGCUAGUUCAGAUGCAGCAGCAACAACUGACAAGCCUGCGGCCGAAGAUUCGGCCCGUGUUGCUACUGCUGCAGCCGAUGCCGUGGAAAAGGCAACAACUAGUGAUGCUAAGCCAGAACCUAGUGAGAAUGGAGAAACCGCUUCCUCUACAGACGAAGCGGAAACAUUUAAUCCAGCGGACGCCAGCUUGUUGAUGAAAAUAAUUCGGAAAGGUCUAGUUGAAUCGAAGCUAGAUCUGGAAGUUCAAAGAAAGGAUCCAUCGUCUCCCUUGUAUUCGGUGAAAACAUUUGAAGCACUGCAUUUAAAACCGGAACUCCUGCAGGGUGUGUAUGCGAUGGGUUUCAACGCGCCUUCUAAGAUUCAGGAGACAGCCUUGCCAACUCUUUUGGCUGAUCCUCCGCAAAAUAUGAUCGCACAAAGCCAAUCGGGAACAGGAAAGACUGCUGCCUUUGUGUUAGCUAUGCUCAGUCGUGUUAAUCCACUGAAGAACUAUCCCCAGGUCAUAUGCUUGUCACCAACUUACGAACUGGCAAUUCAGACCGGCGAAGUAGCAGCCAAAAUGGCAAAGUUUUGUCCGGAAAUAAAACUUCGUUACGCCGUUCGCGGCGAAGAGAUUGCUAAAGGUGCGAAACUUAUUGAUCACAUUAUUAUCGGAACGCCCGGAAAGCUAAUGGAUUGGGGUAUUAAAUUUCGGGCGUUCGAUCUGAAAAAGAUUUCCGUGUUCGUGCUGGAUGAGGCGGAUGUAAUGAUUGCCACCCAAGGGCACCAGGAUCAAUGCAUCCGGAUACAUAAGCAACUGUCACCGUCUUGUCAGAUGAUGUUCUUCUCGGCCACGUACGAGCGGGAGGUGAUGGAGUUUGCCGAGUACAUCGUGCCGAACCCGAUCGUGAUUCGACUGGCACGGGAACAAGAAUCGCUGGACAACAUCAAGCAGUACUAUGUCAAGUGUCGCAAUCAGGAUGAAAAGUAUCAGGCUAUUUCGAAUAUCUACGGCGUAAUUACCGUCGGGCAAGCGAUUAUCUUUUGCCAUACUCGCAAAACUGCUAGCUGGCUUUCUGGUAAAAUGUCCGCCGAUGGCCAUUCGGUAGCGGUGCUGUCCGGCGAUUUGACAGUCGAACAGCGGCUUGCUGUAUUGGACCGGUUCCGAGCUGGGUUGGAAAAGGUGCUGAUUACGACCAACGUUCUGUCUAGAGGAAUCGAUGUCGAACAGGUUACUAUUGUAGUUAACUUCGAUCUACCAAUGGAUCAACAAGGCCGAGCGGAUUGUGAAACGUAUUUGCAUCGAAUUGGACGUACUGGUCGGUUCGGUAAAAACGGAAUUGCGAUCAAUCUGGUGGAUAGUGAUCGUAGUAUGCAACUUUGUCGGUCAAUCGAGACACACUUUAAGAAAAGGAUUCAACUUUUGGACGCGGAGAAUUCGGACGAGAUCGAAAAGAUCGGAUCGUAAGGAGGGUUCGUAGAAUGCUCCUGUUCUUUUAAAACCAGAUUAUGCGAUGAUGGAUGCGGGCCUGAGGAAGGCUUUCCUUCCAGUCGUUUCGAACCGGUUGAACCGCAUUUUGUUAUACACUAAUUUAUGAUAAAAAGAGAACGUUGUGCGUAUGGUUGGAUAAAUUCGAGCAAACAGACGGAAAUGGUAGAGAAUGCUGGUAAAUGCAGACCUGGAGACAGGUAGGAAAUCUUAUUCGUACCAUUAUUCUAAGUACAUUAGACACACAGUGCGGAAAUUAUAUCGAACGAAAUACCUACUAUGAGAAAUAAUAUAGACAUUGCA